AUGGCGCUAGUAUCGUGCUCGCUUUGCCUUACCGUCGCAAUCUGCGCGAUAUCGGCACACAUUGCAAUUCCAACAGCAUUAAUCCUUGCAGUCUCAUGUAUAGUUGGGGCUGUGUUCCUGGGCAGCGUCACUGCCGUCGUCCUUGUCGGAGUCGGCUUUGUGGCAGCCAUCUUGUUCGGUUUCGGCACAAUUCUCUGGACUAUCAUCACCAGCAUCCUCGCUCCUUACCCUGUCGACAAAGCAGCAGACAAGGAGGGUGACUGUCUGGACCGGACCGCCGAGCUUUCCUCCUACUUCAGCAGCUCGCAAGAUGAUGAUGCCGAGGCUGGCGCUGACCGACCCACUGACGCCUACGACUACCUUGAGCCGGUCGACACUGAAGACUGCGCAACCCACCUGCAUUCGAGCGCCUCCUCAACCUGCCCCAGCUUUACCUGCUCCUUCACCGACCCCGACGAGAAGCGACUUCUUGACUUCCUCUCCAGCUACGCCCCCAGCACCCGCCCCAGCGCUGGCGGCUUUCUCGGCCACAGUCCCCUGAGCUCCCCCUUGAGAAGCACCUCUGCUACUGCUUCUGCUACUUGCACACCUGCUGCGGCUGCUAUUGCUAUUGCCGUUUCCUCUCCGCGCGCUUCCCAACGGGCUGCGGAUGAUGUUGGGCAACUGUUGGCCGCUGACGACGACUACUGGAGACCCUCUCCCGGUGCCGCCCAGGUCGGCUCCUCGCGCAACUCACCACCCGCCCACACCCACACCCACACCCCCGGCCGUCGUGCCGCUUCCGCUGGCGGCUCCCCCGCAACCAACACCGACCUGGUCGCCGAUUUAACUCUUCCCGAGUUCGAGGGCGACGAGCUCGAUGUGGAUGUGAUGGCUAACUGUCAGCUUAUAGCCUUGUUAGGCAAGGGCAAAUUUGGUGUGGUGGACUUGGUGAGGCUGACCAUGCCGGAUGGGACGAGCCAACUUGCGGUACGGAAGACGUUACCGCACCGGGACGUACAUUCGUACAUGUUUUUGAGGGCCAUGCAGUCGGUCGCGAGCAGCCCCUUCACUGUCCACUACCUGGGCAGCUGCGGGUACCUGGCUGACCGGCUGGAGAUCUUCACGGACUACGUGGACGGGGGCUCCCUGGAGCAAGAGCUGGACGCUGCUCUCCGGGCCAACCCCACUGACGCACGAGUCGGUCGCCGCGACCUGAUACUUCCCUUGGAACGUAUUCGGGUCAUCACCGCCUCCGUGCUGCUUGCCCUGAGUGAGCUGCACGCUCAGGGCCUGGCGCAUCUCGCUCUGGAGGCCCCUCGCCAUGUGUUGGUGACCAGCUCCGGUCGGGUGCAGCUGGGCGGGAUGAGCAGCGCCGCCCGGCUCGGCUCGCGUAACCACUUUGGUCGCCUGCUCGGUGCCGCUUGCUGUACGGCACCGGAGCUGAUGCGCCGUACACGUUCGGGUAAAGCGCCACGCAUUGUGGCGGAGUCGGACGUGUAUAGCGUGGGCGUGCUGGCGGGGAUGUGUGCGUUUGGGUAUGGGCAGCAGUGGGAGGCGGGGAACGUAGCGGGGGAAAGUAGGUGGGGUGAGGUGGGUGUGGCUGGGGGUGCCGUACCGGAGUGGGUUUCGGAGGAUCUGCGUGCCUUCAUUGAGGAGGUGAUGGCGGAGGAUCCCCGGCAACGGCCUUCCCUGGAGCAGGCUUUGGGCCAUCCGUUUUUGCAGGGACUGGAGGAGGACGAUGUGCUGCUGUGA